AUGAGUUGUCCAAUCCCAAAAACCUCGGCCACAAAGAAGGUGGCCGCCAGCAAUGGCCGCCGGAAGGUCCAGUUGGCGAAAAUAGUGAACCAAAACAAACUGCAGGUCACUUUCUCCAAGAGACGUGCUGGCUUGUUCAAGAAAGCCAGCGAACUCAGCACCCUUUGUGGGGCCCACGCUGCCAUUGUCGUUUUCUCCCCACAAAACAGAGCCCACUCAUUCGGCCACCCGAGUGUCGAUGCCAUUUUAGACAGAUUUCUAAAUGAAAAUCAUAGUCCGCCAGCUGGCGAUGCCGAGAAGCUGCUCGAGGCGAACGUGCGCCAGCAAGAGGUGGAACUUGGCGAAGUUGAGAGAGAACUGAAGCUCCAACAAGAGAAAAAGAAUAAGGAUUUUCGAGUCGACAUCAAAAAGCUCGACUAUUACUCACUGCGGACUGAAGAAUGCGCACUAACAAACUUGAGAAGUGAGCUUGAAGCAAAAGUGCAGACCUCCAUGGACAUCGAGGCUCCACAUGAUGUAAUUAUUCCAUAUGAUCCAACGGCUGAGGAUUCCCUACCGGUAAUACCAUACAGUGGGUAA